GAUGAUGCUGUCAGACAAUGAGCUUGCAGGUGCGAUGCGGAUAGAACAAUGAAGAGGGUUGAUCGUGGAGCGACAAAUCGCCGAAAACCAGCUCCAUCGCCGAAUGUUCUCCCGCCAACCUUCAACAAUCAGACCACUUUGAACACCGACCAGAAAACUUUGGAGCAAUCGCAAAGCACAAAGGAAGCUUCCCAACACAUCAAUCACCAGCCUACGAGCCUUUGAAACAUCUCCCAAAAUGAACACAGUAUGUUCAAAGACCCCA